AGGAGGCUACAAUGAAGAAAUUUAGUAGUUCACUAAGUGAAGUUGUCAAUCGAGAAAAUCAGAAUGAAAUACUUUAUGUGUAUUGUGAUGCUUGCAGUCGUCGCGCUGGUAAAAGCCGAUGACUGGAGCCCAAAGACCGCUGAUGAUAUUAAAAGUAUUCGCGAGGAAUGUGUCAAACAAGCGCCAGCCAGCGAUGAGGAAUUCGAAAAGAGGAAAGAGAAUGAAUAUCCCGAUGUAGAGUCAGUGCGAAAGUGUCUGUGCACUAGUAAAGCAUGGGUCUACGAGGAUG